AUGGAUCUGCCAGAAGUGCAGGCGGGGGCGCAAGCGGCACGUGUGCACGCAAUGGGUGAACUAUCUAACGUCAAAAAAGAGGUGGGGGCGCAAGCGGCACGUGUGCACGCAAUGGAUCAAUUAUCUGAAGUCGAUAAGAAGGCCGCUGUAGACAAAUCGUUCAAGAAGCGCUUUUCUGGGGACGUCAGCAUAUACAGAGUUGCAAAGAAUAUUGAACAUUGGAUAUCGGAUGUAAGUUCUUAUGGUCUCGAGUUAUCUGAUGCAUACCAUGGAAUAAUCGAUUUUUUGACACGACGUUUUGGAAAUAAGGGCCUGCGUUUACUGCUCGAAAACAGGCAGAGAUUUUCCACUAAAGAUGAACUCGUCUUUGACGGCUUGCGGCAUGCGCAAAUGUAUUACUUGGGAGAACAACCACAUGCGAAUCCUGUCUAUGCCCUCAAGCUACUGCACUAUAAUGAAAGACAGGAGAACAUACUGCAGGCUCCUUUGUUCCAGGAGUGGGAAUCAUUCUGCAAAGGUGCGAAAUUAGACCCGUACACGUUGUUGAUGGACAAAAUGGUGGCGAGCAACAGAUAUGACGCGACUUAUAGAAUUCUUCAAGACCAUAAGAGUUCUCUUUGGCCGAACGAUUUUGAUCGUCUUAUGGAGGCGUUGAAAAAACACGAAGGUAAAAUGAGUAAAUCACGAGAUAAAGAGAGUGCUCAUGUUCUUGAAGAUCCCAAGAAUGGCCUUGCCGGUGACGACGAUCGGCCGAUGAAAUCGACUCUGCCCAAGGACAAUAAAAGAAAGAGGGAUUCUGGAGACGGAAAGAGUGCUCAUGUUCUUGAAGAUCCCAAGAAUGGCCUUGCGCCGAUGAAAUCGACUCUGCUCAAGGACAAUAAAAGAAAGAGGGAUUCUGGAGACGGGGAGAGUGCUCAUGUUCUUGAAGAUUCCUAG